AUUUCAUUGUUUUACGAUGUCAAAUGUCAAAGUUGAUGGUUCCUCUUCAAGGUUGUUUGGAAUCAUUUCGCAUUUCAAAUGGCUAAUGAGAAUCCACGAAGGAAAUUGGUUUUGCACUUUGAUGCUAGAAAUACUUUAUUUCUUUCAGACAAAAACUACCGACUGCCUAUUGAAGAAGCUCUCAAUUCAUACAUAACUGGAAUUGUUUGGGGUCAGCUGAAAACUGAAUCUACAGAAAGCCACAGUCAUGCACCAGUGGAGACAGUUUCAAAUUUACAAAUGGAGCCAAUACUUCCAUCUCCUUCCCCCUCUUCAUCUUCAUCAUCUUCAACACCAUUAGACUCUGUAUCUGACUAUCUAAUGAAUACUGAUGUUGAGACAAAUGGCAAAUUAGUAAGAAAUCAAGUUAUCAAUGACACAAUCAAAAAGCAUGAUAUUGCCGCUGAAAGUAAACCAUAUUUCAGUCAAACAACAAAUAAAGCCAAGAAAAAUAUCGAAGAAAUUCCAGUGAAAAAUCCUGCCACACAACUAGACGGUUAUCGUCAACCUUAUGCUGGUGAAAAUUUUGAAAAUCUCACUCAAACAGAACUAGAUUAUUUCAAGUCAACACUAGCCUGUUGGAAUUGUUUACCAGAAUCACCAUGUAUUCGGCAACCUCAACCAGAUGCUAUAAGUAUUUAUAAAUUAUUAGAGCGACAAAUUGUGAAAACAUCCUCUGAUAGAGGUCGAUUACGAAAAUAUUUUGGUAAUUUUACACAAACACCUGAAGGUAUACCGUUUUUAAAUUUAUUCACUGAACAUUUGGAAAUGUUGAAACUUACACCUGAAGAAGCUAUUUCAACACCAUAUUGUUUACGUGUUAAAAAUGGAAAGAAUGAUGAUAAUGAUGAUGACAGUAGGUGUGAUGGUCAUGGUAAUAACAUGAAUACUAAUAGCAAUAAUUAUCAUUACUUAAUGCCAGCGUUCUAUCGUUUACUAACAUGGCUUAUAGAUUCGAAUCGUCAAUUCGCCAUAUUUAUACGUACAUAUGGUAAAGAUGGUGAACACAUUCUAUCAGCUAUUGAAGCUUAUAUCAAUGGUGAACAUCCACAAGAGAAAGCACCAAUCAAUGCUAAACAAUUACUACCAAUCGAUUUUACAAAAUGGUAUUUAAAACGAUCUGAAACACAACCAAUGUUUCAAUUGUACAAAGAAGACAUUGAACAACAAGGAGUAGAUGGAGGAGUAAAACAAAACAUUGAAGUAUCACAUAAUCCAAAAGAAAUUUACAAUAUAUGGUCUCAACAACGUGGGGCUGUCAGUGUUAUUGAUGAUUUCCCGUAUUGGCGAGAGCAUAACUAUCACUAUACAUCAUCAAAACCAUUAUGGUUUAAUCCAAACGAUACAACUGUACAACAUAUUCUGUUCGAUGAUAAUAUACGUUUUGAAGAGGAUGGUUCAAAUGUGAUCGAUUUACAAUAUCUUGAAGAGAAUGAAACAACACAUAGUUUAGGCAUGAAUGAUGCUAUGAAAUGGGAGAAUAUUUACUAUGUACAAGCAGAUCUAUUACAAAUUAUACGGAAUAGAAAUUACUUUAUUGAUAAAGUCUGUGAAUGUGAGGAUAAUUUAGAUCGUAUUCAAAAGUAUCCAGUGUGAAGUUGAUUCUAAAGAAAAUAGAAGGAAGAAACAGCAAAUAUCUCACUGAAAAUGGUUGUGUAAAACUGUACACUAAACAGUUUGCCUAUUCCAAGAGUAUCUUUUAUUUUUAAAUAUCAAUUGCAGUAUUCUGUAGAUCUAUACUCUUUCUUUUUUAUACUAUAAUACGUAUAGGAAUUGAAAUGAUAAAAUAUUUGAUGAUUUCUAUUGUAAAGAUAGAUGCAUAUUUCAAGAUUUAUAGUGUAUAAUUUCAAAACAAAUUUUUAACCAAAUUCUG